AUGUCAAUUAGACAGUAUUUGGUCAAUUUGAAGCAGAGCCUAGCCCAGAAAGCCGUGGGCUUGCCGUUGCAUGUAGUCACGGGCAACCAGUCUGCUGAUAUGGACUCGGUCAUUUCAUCCAUCGCCUACGCGUAUUUGACCAACAGGUUGACCAACCCUCCCAAUGCAGUGAUUCCCAUCAUCAACAUCGCCAAAGUCGAUUUCAAGUUGAGAAGAGAUAUCGUGAAACUUUUAAGCUACCACAACAUCACUGAGGAUUUGUUGUUUUUCAUUGAAGAUUACGACAACUUUGUCGCUGCUAGUGGCACAACCCCAGUCAAGUUGAACUUGGUCGAUCAUAAUGGGUUGCAAGGAUUCGAAAUCAACAAGAGCUACGAUGAAGGGCUUGUUGACGUUGUUGGAAUCAUUGACCAUCACGCUGACGAGGGCAAGUUUCUCGGUGCAAACCCUCGAAUUAUACGAAGCUGCGGCUCAAAUUCGAGUUUGGUAUUUGGAUACUUUAAUGAGCUUGCCAAGAAUGAGGCCGCAUUCUGGGAUAAGAACUCUGAUCUUGUGGAGUUGCUCAUUGGGCCCUUGUUAGUUGACACAAGUAACAUGACUCAGAAAGUCGAAGAGCCUGACACAUUUGCUUAUGAAAGCUACAAAAAAACAUUGCAGGAUACAAUCAAGACCUCGGAAGUUGCUGCAGAUUUGGACAGUUUCUACAAGACUUUGAAAACUGCCAAGAAGGACUUGUCGGGAUUUGAGUUUGGCGAUAUUCUCAGAAAGGACUACAAGCAGUUUAAGUUUGCAGGUGGCGAUAACGUAGGUUUCAGUUCAAUUGGCAAGUCGUUGGCGUGGGUCUCAUCGCAUUUCACCAAGGAGCUGCUCAAAACCACCUUGUCCAAUUUUUUAAAGUUGAGUCAUAUCGAGUUGCUUGUGAUUACUUCCUCUUAUACGCAAAAGGAGAAUGACAAAUACACUAGAGAGUUUUGUUACUACUAUGAAGGAUCUAACAAGGACAGAUAUGCAAAUCUCGACAAGCUAGUUGCCAAUGACUUGGAAUUGAACGACGACUUGUACGGAGGUGACAAGAUAGACCCCGUCGUUGCUUUCGUGAAUCAAGACUCAAGCGCCCACCUCAAAAUUUACAACCAGCAAAACAUCAAGGCUUCCAGGAAGCAAGUGGUUCCCGUAGUCAAGGACGUCCUUGAAUCUGCCUAA